AUGGAAAAUCCUCAUGAACAAGUACAGAUCAAUAUCCUUUCACGUAUACUCAGCAAUGUCGAGAGGUUAAAUCAAAGUGUUUCUACCUUAAACCAAGAAUUGGCAAACAUUAAUCGUAAGAAUAACAAUUUAGAAAUAAUGGGCCAAAUUUGUGAAAAUUAUCACAACAGUAUUCAAUUUAACCUAGAUACAACUGGGAAUAGGAAGCCACCCCUUUGA